AUGGCCAAGCACAAGAAGCGUGCCGCACCGGCCCAUCGGUCAGCAGACUCGAAAGAUUUGCCUCCGGGCUGGAUUCGAGUCGAGUCACGCUCGAAGCCCGGGGCAUACUUCUAUGCUCAUCCCGCCACCAAGCGGACACAGCUCGAGCACCCUGGGAAGACCAGGCAGACAUCCAAAAGAGCGGCAGGGCCUAGGAGGAAGGCAGCUGUCGAUGAAGGCGACCCCGAGGCUAUGGAUGUGGAAGAGUUCGAGGAUCCCGCGGAGAAGGCGGAGCGGCUGCGCCAGGAGGCCGAGGAGGCAGAGGCCGCGGAAGCGGAGCGGCAGGAGAUGGUGCGGCACCAGCGCGCGGCGAAGCGAGCCUUGCUGAGAGACGCACCAGAAGACAAGAAAGAGGACGAGUCAGGCUCAGACGAAGACAAUGAGCUCGUCUCCAAAGAAGAACUUGCACGAUGGAAAGAGACGGAGGAGCAACGGGAAAGGGAGGAGGCUGAAGCAGAAAGGCGAAGAAAGGAAGAGGAGGAGCGCAGAAAGAGAGAAGCGGAGGAGGCGGAACGCAGGCGGCUCGAGGAGGAGGAGAGGCAAAGAGAGGAAGAGGAAAGACGAAAGGAGGAGGAACAGAAGGAGAAGAUCGCCCUGUGGAAGCAUCGCGUCGAGAUGGCGCGGAAGGAGGCCGAGUUCGAGCUUUCGAUGGCGAAAGAGCGCCAGAAGAAGGCUGAAGCGGACAAGGAAGUGGCAAAGCAACUGGAGGCCGAGAAGCUGCGACAGGCUCUGCUGGAGCGCAAGAAGCAAGAAGCGGAGGAGGAGAAGAAGAAGGCCGAAGCCGACCUGCGUCGAAAGGCCGAGGCUGAGAGGUUGAAGAAGGAGAUCGAAGCCAAGCAUCAGAAGGUUCUGCAGAUUCCGGAGCCUUCUGAUGAGAUUGCGAUGCCUUGCUUUGACGUCUUCAAGGGUGGCAACCGCAUUGGACGCUUCCUCUUGAAGCCCCAGCAAAAGGCGUGGCUGAUGGGUCGCUCCCCUGUGGGGAUCGACUUCCAACUUGGCCACGAGACCAUUUCGCGGAAGCACGCCCAGGUCAAUCGGCAAGGUUGCUUUACGUUUCUGCAAGACCUGGGAUCAGCUCACGGCACGUCGCUCAACGGGCAGAAGCUGACGAAGAACACGAUGGAGAGACUUUGCUCUGGUGACAACCUUCGGCUUGGGGGCUCGGCACGGACCUACGUCUAUCGAGAACCGUCCACGGCCAUCCAGAUCAACACCCGAGGUGUCCGUCUCAAGACGCCUGGGCUUUCCGAGCAGGAGCUGCCAGAACCUCCGCUGGACUCGCCUAAGCUGCUGCCAGGAAAGCCAAGUCCGCAGAUCAACAUCAACUUGGGCAAUGCGAAGCCGCAAGUUGCAGAGGUAGAGCUCGUGCCGGAAGAGUCGCCGGAGGCCGUCGCGGCUGGGGCGGAGGAGAUUGCUUCAAGGAAAGUGCCUCCGGGCAGCCCAGAAGAUCAACAGGCUGCGCUUGCAGCCCUGGAAUCUUUGGUGGCCACCACUGCGAAGACGCCGGGGACGAAGACUGCAAGGCCAGGCGGAGCGCCCAAAGAGCAGACAAAAUCCUCGAAGAAGUCCUCUUCCUCUUCCUCCUCCUCGUCCUCUGCCAGGCGAAAACGGAAGUCUUCGACAUCGAAGAAGAAGAAGGCCUCGUCUUCGUCUUCCUCGAGCAAGAAGCGCAGGAAAGUGAAAAGCAAGUCGAAAAAACGCAGCUCUUCAUCCACCUCAGCUUCGCGGGAGAAAGCAAGAAGGAAAUCCAAAAAGAAGUCGUCCUCAUCCUCGUGA